GUGAAGUUGUUGUUGAUACUCGAGUGGAUUGUAGUUUUAUUCCAGUAUUUUAGUACAUUUUACAAAAGUUAAUUACAUUUUAACGGUGGGACUUUCGAUUUCUUACCAGCCAUGUCUUUCUCAAGAGCACCAUUAAAGAGGUUUAACGAGCAAGUUGGUUGUGCCCCUCCACCUGGUACCUAUGAUGUGAAGUCUGGUGAACUGAAGGGAGCUGCAUCAUUUCAUAAAGCAGAGCGCUUCAGAGCAGUUGCCAAAACAGAGGUACCUUCGCAAUCACCUUCAGAAGAAGUACCAAUGUCUCCAGUACGGAGGACUAUGUCUGUUGAUGGUUUGGAAUUUAGUUCCAAAAAGGAUCAAAAUGCCUUCACACUAGGGAUGAAACAUCAGAGACUACUAGAGAAAGAGAUCCGUUCUUUGGUGCAGCAGAGAGGAGAACAGGACCGUAGGUUGCUCACCCUGGAGGAAGAGCUGAAGAAGCUGGAGUCUAAAUUACUUGCAGCUGUCAGAGAGAAGACUGGCCUUGCAUCCAAUGUGGCUUCUCUUGAGAGGCAGCUGGCAGAGUUGAAGAAAGCUAAUGAGUUUCUGAAGACCAAGGUCUCUGCUGAUAGCACCAAGAAGAAAAUCAAUGCUCUUACCAUGGAGCUCAUUGAGGCCAAAAAUAAAUUGGAUGCCAAAGACAAGGAGCUGAGCUUCCUACAGAUCAGCACAGAGGGUAAAGUGAAGGUCUUGGAAACAGAUCUGGAGACUGCCGGAACCACAUUUAGGGUUCUCCAGGAGAGGAACAAGGAUCUUGAGGACCUUCAUCAAGAGACAAAAAUCCAAAAUGAGCAUCUUGAGGAUGAAAUGGAUAAACUGCAUGCCAUAAUCCAGGAGCUGAGAGAGGAGAUCAAGGCACUGCAGAGUUACCUGGACUCAGCAAAUGAAGAGGUUCAGGAUUUGCGGAUUAAGCUGCAGGACAAAUCCAACAUGGAGCGCUCUGUCGCUGAUGCUCAAGAGAACCUCAGUGACAUUGAGCAGAAGUUGGAGAAAUGUACUGGAGAACUGAAUGUCUGUCAGGAGGUGCUAAAGGUAAAGGAAGAGGAGCUCCAGAAAAUUCAGCAGGAGCUGCAGGACUCCCAAAAUGAUCUUGAGGAGAAAGAGAGGGAGAUGGAGCAGCAUGUGAAUGAGUUGCAGUCUUCUAGGAUUUCACUGAAAAAGCUGGAAGAGCAGAUGCAGCAGGGAGCACAGGAUCUUGAGGAGUCUCAAAUCUUGGUACGGCAGCAGGAGCAAGAGCUGGCUCGCGUGAAGGAGAUCCUGAGGAGAACCGAGGAGGAGCUGGAUCAGCGUGUGGCACUCAUGGGUGAGCGCUGCUUGGUGCUGGAGGAUGAAAGAGCCAGGACACAGGAGGAGGGUCUGCGAAGAGUACAAGAGCUCAAGGCAGAGAUCAGCUUAUUGGAGGAGAGCAGGAAGACUGAGGAGGCGGCACAUGAAAAGCUAAAGCAGGAUCACUCUUCACUGACCAAACAACUGGAGGAAGAGAAGGCUCACAGCAGCUCCCUGGCCAGCAUGCUUGAGCGCCUAAAAGAUGAGACUGAAUCUGAGAGGAGACAGCUGGGUGAGGAACUGGAGGAUGCACUUGAGGAGCUGUCAGAAAUGGAGAAGCAGGAGCAGUGCAGCGAGAAGGCCAUCCAGAAGCUCACACAGGAAAACCACAUACUGGAGCAAGAACUAAAGAAGACCUGCGCUGAGCUAGAGAGGAAUUGUGAUGAGAUGCAAGCCUUGGAAGAGGCUCAUGUGAUGGCAAUGAAGAAACUAGAAGAGGAUCAACACAACUGUCUCGCCAAGCUAGGGGACAUGUCCACUGACCUUGAGAGCACUAGACAGUCUCUGGGAAAGCAGAAAGACCAGGCUGAGGCCCAAACCCUACAGCUGGAGGAAGAAGUUAACAAACUCAACCAACAGUUGCAAGAGAACCAGCAGAAACUCCUGAACUACCAGCAAAUGCAGGAUAAACAGCGAGAGGAGUAUGCUAGGAUGCUUUUAGAACUUCAGACUAAACUGGCUCAGAGAGAGGAAGUGUUGAAGCAUGCAGCAGAGACACAAAGUAAGGAGCUGAGUCGCCUGCAGGCAGAGGUGGAGCAGGAGAGAAGAGAGAGGGAGCGGGCUCAGACCCAACUGCAGGAUGAACAGAAGAGGAGGGAGUCUGUGGAUGCCAGCAGGCUGCGGUGCCUUGUGGUGGAUCUGGAGGCAGAGGUUUCUGAGCUGCACAGGCAGGUGGGUGAGGAAAGAGCCACUGCUCAAUGUCACACUGCAGCAUGGCAGCAGGAGAGACAACGGCUACACAGACAGAUGGAGGAGGAGAGACAGGACUUCCAAAAACAAAUUGUAGAGGCACAGCUGCUGAGCAAAUGUAACGCUGAGACUGAGCACUGGAGAAACUUGUAUGAAGAGCUCUAUGCUAAAGUGAAACCGUUUCAGGAACAGCUGGACAGCUUUGCAGCAGAGAGGAACGCCUUGCUGAAUGAAAAAGGUGCCACGCAGGCUGAGCUGAACAAGUUAGCUGAUGCUUACGCCAAUCUGAUGGGCCAUCAAAACCAGCGACAGAAGAUCAGGCACAUGGUCAAACUCAAAGAGGAGAACUUGGAGCUCAAACAAGAGAUGUCUAAGCUCAGAACACAAGUUGGGAAACAGAAGCAAGAGCUGGAUCGGCUCAAGUCGUGCCAGGCGCCUCAUAGAUUCGACCCCAGCAAGGCUUUUAAACAUGAGCACAAAGAAAACCAGCAGCCAACCUCAGCUCUUACACAGGGCAACAAGAAACUGCAUUAAACUUUUUUGGAGUGACCCUGGAAGAUUUUAAGUUUAACCUGAACACUGUGACGGGAUAGUCCAGCACAUAAAUGUCUUGACUGUGUCCCUCAGAAUGUAGAUCUUAUUUAUGUAUGUUUUAUUUUGGUGUUUGCUGAUGUAAUACAGAGACAAUUAGGCUAAAGCGUUGACAACUCCCUUUCUUACCACUGAUGUAAUGUGACAAUUGAUGGAAAUAUGCUUCACUUGAGGUUUUCAGUAAUCUAGUUUUGUUCAGCACUGGGUAUGUUAAUGAAGUUCAGAGUUGGUUCACUUUUUAUUAGGGAAAAAAAAAAUGUAUACAAUGUUUAAGGAACUAUUCAGUUGGAUUUAUUCAUCUUAGUCUGGAAGUCUAUUUGUCGUGUAUUGGCAGCAUAUUUUUUUUUUUUUUUUUUUUUUUUUUAAAUUGUUAGUUUUAGUUCUUUGUUUGCUUUUUCUGUCAGUAGGGACCACAAUGUACUACAAACCCCUCAAUAUUUGAAACUGUUUGCCUUUUUAUCAAUUAUAAAAAGGUAGAAAGUUGAUUGCUUUUUUUUUUUUUU